AGCACAGACCAUCAUGAUCGUGUCCAACGACAAUUAUCCGUUUCAUCCGAUAGUAAAUUACUCGACGAUGACAUACGGGAGGAGACACGCGUUAUAAUGCGUCCCAAAAAGCCACCCAGACCAAAAUCGGAAGUUUUUCUCAACAAACAGGACCCGCAUCCACGACGAAAACGUUUUAGUGCAUUUGGCGGUGACUCACCGUUUGGAAAAUCAGAUGCCUACAUAAAAUUGGAGCCACUUGGCGAAGGUUCAUAUGCUACUGUCUACAAAGGAUUUAGCAAUUUAACUCAUCAACGUGUUGCUUUGAAAGAAAUUAGACUGCAAGAGGAAGAAGGUGCACCAUUUACGGCGAUACGUGAAGCCUCGCUACUGAAAGAACUGAAACACUCAAAUAUUGUAACCCUACACGAUAUUGUACAUACGAGAGAAACGUUAACAUUUGUAUUUGAAUAUGUGAAUACCGAUUUAUCACAAUAUAUGGAAAAGCAUCCCGGUGGUCUGGAUCAUCGUAAUGUACGCUUGUUUCUAUUUCAAUUAUUGCGUGGCCUGUCCUACUGCCAUAAACGCCGUGUACUGCAUCGAGAUGUGAAGCCACAAAAUCUAUUGAUAAGCGAUUGUGGCGAAUUAAAAUUAGCAGAUUUUGGUUUAGCACGAGCGAAAAGUGUUCCAAGUCAUACGUAUUCGCAUGAAGUGGUUACGUUAUGGUACCGUCCACCAGAUGUCCUACUUGGCAGCACUGAAUAUUCUACAUCGCUGGAUAUGUGGGGUGUUGGGUGUAUAUUUGUUGAAAUGGUCACUGGCAUGCCAACAUUCCCCGGUAUACGUGAUACAUAUGAUCAACUUCAUAAAAUAUUUAAAUUGCUCGGCACACCUACUGAGGAAACGUGGCCGGGUGUCACACAUUUUCCUUAUUACAAACCACGUAGGUUAGGGUUUUAUCGACCACAUAAAUUAGGUCACAAUUUUCCUAGACUUUAUGAUAUCGCCGAAGGUGAGGCGAUAGCAAAUGCCUUCCUGCAACUACACCCGGAACAAAGAAUAGGAGCUGAGGAGGCGCUGCAUCAUCCUUACUUUGCGCAGUUGCCAAAAAAAAAACAUCAAUAUUCACAGUGGAAGGUAUUCACCUGUUCCCUGAACCAAAUCGGCAGAACAAAUGAAAAUUAAAGCAAGUCCUUUCAGUGGACGGUGUACGUUUCUACUGUUAGCAGCAGCCAUAAAUGAUAAAUAA